AUGGACGACCCGGUUCCGAACGGUGCUACGACACCUACACGGCUCAACACCCUCUCGUUGACCGAGUACACGGCAACGCCUUCUCCUCCGUCCAAGGCAGAUGGAUGCCCUCCCGAGUGGGAUAUCCCUGAGGGCUUCCUGCUUCCCAACGGAUACCCAGAUUAUAUCCGGCUUAUCCUGACAUCUCGGGUGUAUGAUGUGAUCCAAGAAACGCCUCUCACACAUGCCGUCAAUCUCAGCAAUCGGUUAGAGUGCAAGGUCAUGCUGAAGCGGGAGGACCUCCUGCCUGUCUUUAGCUUCAAGCUUCGGGGUGCCUAUAAUAAGAUGGCGCAUUUAAAGGGAGAGAAAAGGUGGAAGGGUGUCAUUGCCUGCUCUGCCGGUGAGACCAGCACUGCGUUCUCUGGGAAAGCCCCGUUAAGUCUUGCCGGCGUUGCUUACUCUGCACGCCAAUUGAGGAUCCCAGCGACCAUCGUCAUGCCUUCGGGCACCCCGGCGAUUAAGCAUAAGAAUGUCUCGCGGCUGGGUGGAACGGUGAUACUGCAUGGACAGGAUUUUGAUGCCGCAAAGGAAGAGGCACAGAGACUCGAGAAGCUCCAUCAUCUGACAAACAUUCCACCGUUCGAUGAUCCGUAUGUCAUUGCUGGACAAGGUACAUGCGGCAUGGAGCUGCUGAGGCAAGCAAAUCUACAGAACCUGGAAGCCGUCUUUUGCUGCGUUGGAGGAGGUGGCCUGAUCGCUGGUGUUGGAGCUUACAUCAAGCGCAUUGCUCCUCACGUUAAAGUCAUUGGAGUAGAAGCUGGCGAUGCCAAUGCCAUGGCUCAAUCCCUAAAGUCUGGAACCCGCAUCAAAUUAAAGGAGGUCGGCCUCUUUGCCGACGGUGCUGCUGUACGGGCAGUUGGCAAGGAGACCUUCCGGCUCUGCCGCGAGGUGGUGGACGAAGUCAUCGAGGUGUCUACCGAUGAGACCUGCGCGGCGAUUAAAGAUAUAUUCGAAGACACCAGGUCCGUCGUGGAGCCGGCCGGAGCCCUGGCACUAGCCGGCCUGAAGAAAUAUAUAUCAAAAUACCCGUCAAAGAAUACCAACCGAGAACUGGUGGCCGUUGCAUCCGGAGCAAACAUGAACUUUGACCGGCUUCGAUUUGUAGCGGAACGUGCCGGGCUAGGAGAAAAGAAGGAAGCCCUGCUGCGUGUUUCGAUCCCUGAGCAACCAGGUGCGUUCUCGAAGCUCAUAGACAUCAUCAUGCCACACUCCGUGACAGAGUUCAGCUAUCGAUGUUCCGGUAAGGAAUAUGCCGAUAUCUUCAUGGGAAUAUCACUGUCCACCUCGUCAGACGCCCAUGACCUGCAGGCCUUGAGCUCCCAGCUCCAAAAGGGAGGCAUGGAGGCAUCAGACUUGAGCAACGACGAGCUUGCAAAGACUCAUCUUCGAUAUCUCGUUGGUGGCAGAACGAAUACUCCUGAUGAACGGCUCUUCAUGUUCGAAUUCCCAGAACGGCCAGGUGCUUUGGAAAAGUUCCUUACUACCCUCCGUCCAAACCAGAAUAUAACCCUCUUCCAUUAUCGCAAUUACGGUGGAGAUGUUGCUAAAGUCCUGGCUGGUAUUCAGUGCCCACCUAGUGAGAGACAAUCACUGAGCGCGUUCCUCGAUGAUCUUGGCUAUCCUGUCACCGAGUGCACGGAUUCUCCAGUAUAUCAAAUGUUUCUAAGGCAAUAA